AUGUCGAAUCUCGAGAUUACCGCCACGCCGGCCGUGGACCAGCCCCGCGAGGUCCAGAAAGAAAAGGUUGAGGACAGAGAUGUCGCCCAGAACCAGGAAGUCCAAGCGGGGGUGAUAACGGACAUUGAGCCGGGCGAAAAGCCUGCCCUGUACAGCAAAAUGUCCACCUACCUCAUGAUGAUAUUCUCCGGCCUUGCCCUAGGUUCCGAUGGGUAUAAUGCGGCUGUGAUUGGUAGUCUUACACUACUACUUAAGACCCUCUACCCGGAAGCCUUGACCACCUCGAUGCGAUCUCGACUCUCCAACGCCUUUCUUAUCGGUAUGAUCGUGGGCAUGAUCGGCUUCGGCGUGGUCGUCGAUCAACUUGGCAGAAAGACGGGCGCUGUCGUCACAACACUCGUGCUUCUCCUCGGCAUUGCGAUGAGCGCGGCAGCAAACGGCACAACACAGCUUGGUGUCAUGUGGAUGCUCGUCGUCGCACGUGGUGUGGCCGGAGUCGGAGCUGGCGGAGAAUAUCCUGUCUCUGGAGCCGGUGCAUUAGAGGCUUCCGAUGAGUCGGGCUCGUUUCGCAAGCGCAGAGGCUUUUUGUUCGCCCUCAUUGGAGAUCUCUCCGCCGGACUAGGCUAUUGCUUCGGCGCCCUCGUGCCUAUGCUUCUGCUCUUGUGCGUGCACCAGAAGACCGAACACUACCAGCUCGUCUGGCGCCUUUCUCUCGCUCUGGGUGCUAUCCCCCCCAUGUCCAUCUUCUGGUUCCGCCUGAGGAUGAGGGUGUCCACGGCAUACCGCAAGUCCGCGCUGCGAAAGCAAAAGACCCCCUACGUGCUUAUUGUCAAGAAGUACUGGCGCCGUUUGCUCGGUGCCAUCAUCAGUUGGUUCCUGUACAAUUGGAUUUCCAUUCCGUUUGGCAUUUUCAGCUCGACAAUCAUUGCUCGUGGUAAUCCGUCCAACUCGCUCGUGCAGAACCUGGGCUGGGGCUGCCUAAUCAACUCUUUCUACCUGCCCGGCCCGUUCAUCGGAGGAUACCUGUCGGAUAGGAUUGGCAGGAGAAAGACAAUGGCCCUUGGCUACACCCUCCAGGCUGUCCUCGGCUUCAUCCUAGGCGGCGCCAGCAGCCAGAUCCAGAGUAUUUUCCCUCUAUUCGUCGUCCUCUACGCGACUGAGCCUUUUCCUACAUCUGUACGUGGUCACACGAUGGGAUUCAUCUCAGCUUUCUCCAAAGCAGGCGCUGCCAUUGGUACCGAGGUCUUCACGGCUAUCAUGGGCGCCUACGUCGAUCCUGAGAAGGGUAACCAGGUGGCAUUCCUCGUCGGCUCAGCAUUCGCCGUUCUUGGGGCUCUCAAUGCCUGGUUCGUCGUCCAGAAUGGCGAGAAACAUCUCGAGGACGAAGAUCGCAUCUGGAAGGAGUACCUGGUCCAGAACGGCUGGGAUGCCAGCUGGGGUGACAGGGAGACUCAGGAUCCUGCUGCAACUCUCAAGCAAAAGCUUGAGCAGACCUCCUAG